UCAUCAACGGGCCGCGGGCCGCGAGUUCCAUGGCGGCGCCAUGUGCCAUGGCAGCCAUGGCCCUGAUCCUCAUGUGGCUUCCCAUGGGAUGUGCCGAUGGGCCGUUGAUCACAACCACCACAGCAGGCGCAACGACCGCAUCCACCACGUUGGAAGCAACCACCUCCACGACCUCCACGACCUCCACGACCUCCACCACCACCACAACCAGUACCACAUCCACGACAACCACAUCCACGACAACCACCACCAUUCCCGAGCGCUGCCAGUCUCCUGCAUCAUUCUCUUGCAGCUCUUCUGCCGUGGGUGCAAACACUGCCGAGUUGCGCAUUAUGGAUGGGACUUAUGAGAUAUUGGACCAGUAUUGUGGUGGCCGCUGGGGUCGCCUUGAAAUCAAGCAGGAUGGGUCCUGGGGCCAAAUCUGCGAUGAAAAUUUUGGCGACGCAGAUGCCCGUGUGAGCUGCCGCCAAAUGGGUUUCGCCGACGGAUUUCAAAUCCACGACUUCUACUACACCGGGCGACUCAGCCCGCCAGCUAGCACUUUGCCGGUGGUGAUGACUGGUCCGCAAUGCACCGGAUCCGAGAGCCGAGUGCAAGACUGUCCCAGCUUUGGCACUGCGCCAAGUAGCAGCUCACUGUGCAGCACGCCGCGCUAUAGCGCGGGGGUGCUGUGCUUGGGAAGUCAGCCCAGCACGGCGGAGUUGAAAGCCAUGUGUCCGAAACUGAUCUUCACGGCAAACGAUCAGCGGAAUAAGGAGACGCAUCCCUUGUCAAUCAAGAGCUAUUUCCCCGGAGGUUCUCACACAUCGGGUUUCGGUGGUACUGGUGUCUCUACCGCUGAUGGAGGUCUGGGGAAUUACGGUGGCACCUAUCGAACUGUGGCGGAGAUUCAGAAUGCUUGGGGCGAAAUUUCAGAUAGCGAGGUGCCAAACAUGGGAGGACACCAGUGGCGCUAUCCCAUGGCCACCAAGAGCAGGUGCUAUUCCAGCUUUGCGGCUGACUUAGCUGAAGGGCCCUGCACAAGCACAGCUGCUUCCUCUUCGGGUUCAAGUGGUUCUGCGGCAACCACGGCAACCACUUCUGUGGUGGGCACAAGUCAAGUCACCGUGACUUCCAGUAGUGACACGGCCGGGACGGCCGGGGGCAAAUCAGAUGCCUCCAGGAGUGCUUCCAGAGUCCUGGGACUUUGUAUAAUCCUUGCAGUGGGCAGUUGAAGCCGAAGGCUCCAAGGCCCCAAGGCCCCAAGGCCCCAAGGCCAGCCCCCAAGGGGAGUGCCAUGGUUUUAGCUCCCCUGCAAGAGAUAUUUCACCCAACAUCCUGCUGAAACUGGCUGGGGAUGAUAUUGAAGACUGGCGAGAGGUGCCAAGAACGAUAUCCUGCUGAACCUC